AUGGUCCCAAAGUCUCUACUACUCAGUUACUCUCGCUCUCUCUUCUCCAAAUCCCCAAUCCCUAACCUGCGCACUCAAAUCUCCCCAAUCUAUCACUACUCAGUCGCUCUCGCUCCUCCGAAUCCCGGCACCGAAGCCUUCCUCUUCGCGGAGACGCCACCCACUAACCCAGAAGGCAGCACAGCACUGACCCAGAAGAGAGGGCACAGCACGACGCCAUCGCCCACUGACUCAACAGGGCAGCACAGCACCACGCCGCCGCCGUUGAGACGCCACCACCCAGCAGCGUUUCUGGGUUCUGGCCGAUCAUCAGUUCAACCCAGCACCGCUCAGUCUCCCACUCAGCCUUCCUCCCAAGUCAAUAUGGAGUCCGAGCCACCGAUUCAGGAGAUGGAGAACAAACAAGAUGGUGUAAGCAAUGGUGAUGGUGAUGUACUACAUGACAUUGAAAAUGAAGGUAUAUUGUUGGAUGGGAAGGGCAAAAUUCGGAGGAAUUGGUCGGAGUUUUCGGAAAGGAACAUGUCAUAUUCAGAGCCACUGCUUGUUAAAAGGACUAACACAACCUCCCAGAUUGCUAUAAUUGGUGCCAACCUCAGCGCUAUUGAAAGCCUUGAUUAUGAGUUGGUUUACAUUAAGAAUUUUAGCUAUUUUGUUGGAGAAGACACCAUAACUUUACUAUCAGUUUAAUGACAAUUUAUUUUUAUUCAGUUGUGUUGAUUGUUGAACUAUUAAAUUUCUUUAAUUGUCGUAUUUGAAUUCUGUUGUCGUUAAAUUUCAUUAGAUCAAGACUUUGUUAGUUA